CUUGGGAAGUAGCGAUCUCUCCUUAACUCAACUUCAUGCGAAUCCCCAUUGUUUUUUAGUACUUUUGCGUUCUGCUUUUUAUAGUAAAUGAAACUUGCAAGACCCGUAAGGCGCUUCACGAGCAAAUCGGCGGCGGCGACCCAACAACCACCGGCGCGAAAAACGCAGACACCAACGCCGACCAACUCCAUUAAAGAACUCCACGCCCGCCUUAUCAGAUCACACCUCCACACCGACCCAUUUUCGAUCUCUCAAAUCAUCAGAGCCUACGCACUUUCUCCACCGAACUUAAGCAAAGCCCGUUUCGCUUUCGACCAGAUUGAGGGACCCACAUUGCCCCUUUGGAACCACAUGAUCCGUGGACUCUCGCAGAGCGACCAUCCCAAUGAAGCAAUUGUUUUUUAUAGUCGUAUGUGUCGCCAAGGAUUCGUUGGGGACAAUUUGACUUUUAUUUUUGUUCUCAAGGCUUGUGCUCGAGUUUCCGAUGUUUUGAUUGGGAAAAAGGUUCACGUUCAUUCUGUGAAACUUGGUUUCGAUACCUAUCUAUUCGUUGCGAAUGCUUUGAUUUAUAUGUAUGGCAGUUGUGGGGUCUUGGGUUUUGCGCGGAAACUAUUCGAUGAAAUGGCUGAGAGAGAUUUGGUUUCUUGGAACUCCUUGAUUUGUGGGUGUACAAAGUGGAAUAGAUUUAAGGAGGUUUUGGGUCUGUUUCGGGAAAUGAAGGUGGUGAAUGUGAGAGCGGAUUCCGUGACAAUAAUGAAAGUUAUUUUGGCGUGCAGUUAUUUAGGCGAAUACGAGAUUGCGGACUCUUUAGUUAAGUACAUAGAGGAGAAUAGUAUCGGAGUUAAUGUCUACCUGGGAAAUACCAUAAUUGAUAUGUAUGGACGGCGUGGUUUGGUGAAUUUUGCACGGGGAGUGUUUGAUCGAAUGCGAGAAAGAAAUAUCGUCUCAUGGAAUGCCAUGAUUAUGGGAUACGCGAAAUUGGGGAAUUUAGUUGUUGCGAGGAAACUUUUUGAUGAGAUGCCCGACAGAGAUGUGGUGUCUUGGACUGCUAUGAUCACUGGCUACUCUCAAGCUAACCAACAUAGCGACGCAGUGAAGCUUUUUCAAGAGAUGAUGGCGGCUAAAGUGAAACCAGACGAGAUAACGGUUGCUAGCGUGCUUUCAGCUUGUGCCCAUUUGGGUUCACUGGAUGUUGGGGAGGCCGUCCAUGACUUCAUCAUUAACCAUGGUGUGAAAGCUGAUAUUUGCGUGGGAAACACUUUAAUCGACAUGUAUUGCAAAUGCGGGUUGGCUGAGAAGGCAUUAAAGGUGUUUCAAGAGAUGAAAGCAAAGGACUCUGUCUCCUGGACCUCAGUAAUUUCAGGACUUGCCAUGAAUGGUUUUGCAAAUUCCGCACUUGACCUCUUCUCGCAAAUGUUAAGAGAAGGCAUACGGCCAAACCAUGGAGCUUUUGUGGGGAUUUUACUAGUUUGCGCUCACACCGGAAUGGUAGAUGAAGGGUUGGAAUAUUUUGAGAGUAUGGAAAAGGUCUAUGGACUCAAACCAGAAAUGAAACACUAUGGAUGCGUUGUGGAUCUCUUAAGCCGUUCAGGAAAUCUAGAGAAGGCGUACGAGUUUAUUCAGAAAAUGCCUGUCGUUCCAGAUGUUGUCGUAUGGCGGAUAUUGUUGAACGCUUGUAAGCUUUAUGGAAAUGUGGGUCUAGCUGAGAUUGUCACACACAAGCUUCUUGAAGUGGAUCCUUGCAACAGCGGAAAUUAUGUUCUUUCAUCGAGCACUUAUGCCGGUAUAGAUAGAUGGGACGAUGUUGUGAAAAUGAGAAAACUGAUGAGUGAAAGCAAUGUGCAGAAGCCUUUUGGUUACAGUUCCAUUGAAGCCGAUGGGUUAACAUCAAACAACUCAAAUGAUCCGCUUGUUGGUGAACAAAAUGGAAGAUGUACAUAAAAGUAUAGAUA